UGGGUGAAAGUUACAGAGCCUCGGUUGAAGUGUGAAUAUGAUGACACCUUCCCUCGUCGUGCAGCAGGCGCUAGCCAGUAACAACUGCACCCACGAGACAACACACUGUCAACGAUCUUCUUGCCUCUUAAACAAGCCAAAUCUUUGCUUUAAAACCAAAUCAAACCUUCUUCAUUAUUUACUAUGCCUCAAAGUCAAUGCCACCGACUACACCCUACUACUUUUCUUUUGCUUGGAUCUGUCUCUCUGCUCUCGAGCUAGCUAAUCUUUGACUUAAGAAUAUGCAUCAAGAUGGUCUGAGAUCAGUUGUUUGCAGAUCAUUUGUCACUUGUGAUGAUCCAAAAGGAGUAUUCGAAUUUGGGACAUUCAGAAAAUCCAAAAGUGGUGCCCAGAAAAUGGAGCAUAAGAUCAAAAGCCAAAAAGCGAAGAAGAUUUCAGAUGCAUCUUUACCAUUUAAGCCUGAAAAGGAGGAGAUGGUGACUAAAGAGAUAUCAGAAGGAUUUCAUAGUCCAUCUUCUUUUCAGAUAUUGGAGGUCUCAAGAGGAGCUCAGAGGCUAAAUCAAAUGAUUGAUUCGUGGUGUAAGGGGGAAAACAGUGGUAGACGAUCUAAAGAUGUCGCAAAAGAUUUGUUGAAAGGAGCACUUGACUUGCAGGACUCUCUACAGAUGCUUGGCAAAUUGCAAGAAGCUUCACAGUAUAUGGCUUGGUUGAAGAAGAAACAGGAGAAGGCCAAAGGAGUAAGGAGUGAGGAAGCAAGAGGGAUUGAGCGGUCUAGGUCUUGUCAAUUUGGAGAUCAAGAUUAUCAGAUUGAUUUACAGAAGCCUUGCCAUUCGGUUGAUGGAUCUUCAAGGGAUUGCUAUGAGGAACUAAGGGAAGCAAUCAGAGAUGGCCUCAGUAGGCAGAAUCUCUUGCCAAAUAGUGAAGAAAAUGGGGGCUUUGCUCAAAGAAACUUGGACUCAGCUUCAGAAAUACCUUCCAGCAGCUCAAGUCAGUCUUCUAUAACUCAUACCAACUACUAUAGUUCCAUUGACUCCUCAUUUUCAUCGAAAGCUCCAGAGAAGACGACAAAGGGCCCAAAUUUGAUUUCUAAGCUCAUGGGGCUGGAAGAGAUCCCCUCAAAUCCAUUGAAGACAACUCUCGAGAAACAGUUGAAGAAUGAGAAAAUUUCAAGUUAUCAUAGACCUGUCUUUGAAAUUGAUAUGCCAAUGGUAAGGAGGCCUCAAUCGGUUGAUCUGAAAAGAACUCCAGAGAGAAAGACACUGAAGGAAAUUCUUGAAACCCAGCAUUUUACAGGACUUCUGAAGGACAGCCGUAUCAAAGAGUCUCAGUCAUACUGCCGUAUCAGUGAUUCUCAUUCCCAGCAGAGUUCAAACAACAACACUCCACCAAUUGUACUUAUUAAACCUCUGUGUGGUCCAUUUCUGGAAUCAGAAGAGCCUUCUGCACCAAUGUUUUGGGAACAUGGAGUUCCAGUCUCAAAAUUGAUACCAAGAAAACUGAAAGGAAGAGAGGAGCUUCCUUCCAAGACGAUUGACUGGAAAGAUGGGCCUUUAAACCCUUGCAAAACAAGCGAAAAUACAAAUGCAGAGGAGAAGCCAAUCAAGAGGCUUAGCAAGGAAGGAGCUAAGGGCAGCAAAAAGGUAGCUGAGAAACCAGAAGAAAAAGAAGCAAAGAUUAAACAAAAGGCUCCUGCCAAGGUGAAUUCUAUUGAUAUUGCAACUCAGCAGCCAAAGAAAAAGGACGCAACAAACAAGAAAGUUGAUAAGGACAAUAAUGUUGUGGUCACCUCCAGGAAAGCAAUAGAGAAUGGGACUGUGAAACCUAAAAAUGUGUCAAGGCCUCAAGAGCAAGCCAAGGCGGCAGCCAUGAAGGUCAAAAAUCCCAAAAAAGGAUCAAAUGUUUCCAAGAAUCAGAUUCCUCAGCAGCGAAUUAGUACUAAAAAUGACAUCUCAAAUCACACAAAAAAAACUGUAAGCCAUACUUCAAAUGAUCAGAAAAGAAGCCUAAUGAAGAAGGAAAAGCCAUCCAGUGAGCCUAGAGCAGCUAAAACAACAAAGGAAAAUGCAGGAAGCAAAGAUGAUGACAAUAGAAUUGAUUUUAGAAGCAAAAAAGACUCCAUCCCAAUGGGAAGCAAUAACACAUGCGUAGAUCAAUUCCCAGCAGAGAAGGAAGCUGAUGCUUAUGAGCUUCGGAUUGGAGAAAAUUGUAAUAGCUGUGAGAGUUCUCUUUCUCUUAGUGAUGAUAUCCUGCUGGUCUCUGAACAUCAGGUGCUGGGAGAACCUAAAUCUGUUGAAGAAGUUAAUGAUGACAACAGAAGGGAGAGUAAGAGCUUCAGAACUGGAACCAAUCUGGAAGUAUUGCUUUCAAGCAGUCCAGCAUUUGUGUGUCAUGCACAAGAGCUGUUUGAUCUCCAUUUUAGUAGGAGUACAACUUUACUAACAUCUGCCAUCAAUGAUUUUUUUGUUACCAAUGAGAGACUCUCCAUGGAUUGUGCAAAUGAACUUCUUGAACGUAGAAGCCUUCCAGAAGCAAAAAUGGACCAUCCACUGUUACUAAACUGGUUGAGGAAUUCAAGAAUCUGUAUCUGUUUAAAUCGGUUGUUGGAGGAGAUUUAUAAUGGGAUUGAGAUUCUGAAAAACUACGGGAAAGAGGACCUUCCUCCUGGUAGUAUAUAUUCAAUGCUAGAGAGCGACUUAAAGUGCAAAGGAGUAGAGAGCGGAAUAUGGGAUUUGGGCUGGAAGAAUGAACUUUCCUCAGAUGACAUAGAGCAAGUUGUGAAUGACAUAGAGAAGCUACUUUUGAGUGGGUUAAUUGAAGAAACUUUUACAUAAUUUCUGCUUAAACAAUUCGUUAAUGUUUGUUCGGAUGUAUGGACUGCAAUUUUCAAUUUAUUGAAAUCGCCUAAGCCUGAGGCUACCAGCUUGGUGGUUUCCAUUGGUGAACUUGUAACAAGCUCUAUUGGUAUUGACUGAUAAAAGCAACACAAGUUCAAUUAUACA